GUGAAAGAUCUCGCGGCGCGCGCGACGACAAUCAGCUACCGACUGGUUGAAAGAGCACUUCCAUGGCAUACAUCUUGCAGACAAGUGGGUCACUGGAAACUCUCUCCCAGACACCCUUUGUGCCGUAUGAUAACGUCGGCAGCAUCUUCAGCGGCUCUUCCACACCGGCCGGCCCGCAGGAUGCCACAAACGGACCGCUCUUGUCCAUUUGACUGGAAACACAGACGUAAACACUUGAUAGACGAUCUAUCAUAUUGGGUGAAAGAAAAACAGCAGGUUUAAAUCGAGGAAAAGUAAAAAUAGACUUGUGCAGUGUCUCCAUGUUACAGUACAAUAAUGUGGUGCUUUAGUUUGAUAGUGUUUUUCGUAACUUGUUCGCAAUUUCUGGCCCAGGAAGAAGACAGAAAGGAAAUUUUUUUGGGCGGAAUUUUCACCGAAUCUUCGGAUUUAGACGACUCAGUCCUCACUGAUGAAGAGGCGUUUAAUUUUGCCAUCGAUAUAGCAAAUCGAGAGUACACCGAUGUAAAAUUUACAGCAGUGAUUGAGGAAAGUGAUGCAAGAUCCAAUGGCCCUUUUGACUCUCGUCUCAAAUCCUGCUCUCUCGUCAACCAACAAGCUUUGGUCAUUUUUGGCCCCAAAAACGAAGAGGAGAUUGACAUCGUUCAAUCAAUCUGUGAUUACAAAGACUUAGCACAUGUUAUCACCCGAUGGGUCUACAACUCGGCUGACUAUCGCAGUGUUAUUAAUUUUUACCCCCAUUCGGCAUACCUGACUUCGGCUUACUUCAGCGUUUUAAUGCUAUGGGAGUGGAAAAGUUUUACAGUAUUUUACGAAGAUGAUGAAAGUAUUUUACGGCUUGCCGAUCUGUUAAAUCUAGCAAAAAAUGAAGGGAUUAUAGUGACAGUAAAACAACUUUAUGAAGGACUAAAUGAAACACCAGUUUACAGAACAACACUGAAGGAAGCGGUGCGUUCGGGUGAGAAAAACUUUAUCAUCGAUUGCAAAAUCGAGAACUUGGAGGAAGUACUAAUACAGGCCCAACAAGUCGGAUUGAUGACCAGCGAUUAUAAUUUUUUUAUCACAAAUUUGGACUUGCAAACGAUCGAUUUGGAGCCGUUUCAGUACAGCGAGGCCAACAUCACUGGGUUGAGGAUUUUGGACCCCUUGAAUGAAAUGUUUCAUGUCAAGGCUGGGGCAAUAUUGAGACAAAAACCCAAUUUUAAUUUAAUGAAAAUGAGGACUGAGACGGCUCUUUUGAUAGAUGCAGUGUCUGUAAUCACGCAAGUUAUCAAUAGAAAAUUAUCAAUCAAAGAUAUGGAAAUGGUUGAUAUCACCUGCAACUCUCCAAAGUCGUCCCGGCAUGGUUAUACUAUCGCCAAUCACGUGAAAACGAGUAAAUAUGACGAGAUGACCGGCAGGAUCGAAUUUGAUGGCAAUGGAUUUCGGAGUAAUUUCAAUCUAGAUAUAAUAGAACUGACCCAAGAAGGAAUUUCCAAAAUUGGAACUUGGAACAUGUCUAAAGGCCUUGUCAUGUUGUCACACAAAGUCGAGGAUGUUGUCGAAGAUCCUUUCAGUCUCAGAAACAAAACUUUUAAGGUCAUUACUUGCUUGACCGACCCCUACUGCAUGCUCAAAGAAACUUCAAUUCAAUUGUUCGGAAAUGACCGCUUUGAAGGCUUCGCCAUUGAUUUGAUCCACGAAUUAUCACUAAUGGAAGGCUUUAAUUACACUUUUAUACUAAGAGAAGAUAAGCAAAACGGUGAUAAAAAUCAGUCAACUGGAGAGUGGUCGGGAAUGAUUGGAGACGUCAUAGAUGGGGUUGCUGAUUUGGCAAUCGCUGACCUAACAAUCACAGCAGGACGAGAAGAAGCUGUUGAUUUCACGUCACCAUUCAUGAAUUUGGGGAUUAGUAUUUUGGCCCAAAAACCAGGAACCGCCCCUCCGAGCUUUUUCUCCUUUGCCGAUCCGUUCGCUCUCGACACAUGGAUCAUGAUAGCCUUGGCUUACGCCGUCGUGUCCGUUUCCUUUUUUAUUUUAAGUAGGAUUUGUCCGGACGAAUGGACAAAUCCUUAUCCUUGUGUUGAAGAACCCGAAUUUUUGAUCAACCAGUUCAGCCUUUCUAACUCUUUCUGGUACGCUGUUGGAAGUUUGAUGCAACAAGGAACAGAACUAGCUCCUAUAGGCGUUCCUACUCGAAUGGUCGCUGGAAUGUGGUGGUUUCUCAUUUUGAUCAUGGUGUCCUCAUACACGGCCAGUUUAGCAGCUUUUUUGGCUAACGAAAACACAAUAACUCUUUUUACUGAUGUUGACACUUUGGUGGAAAAUUAUCAAGAAAAAGGUAUAAGAAUGGGAGCAAAGGCUAAGGGCGCGACUGAAGGAUUCUUCAGAGGGAAAGAUCGUGAAGUUUAUAAAACUAUCGCUAAGUAUAUGGAAGAGCAUCGAGAAGAUAUGGUCGGUGAUAAUAAAGAUGGAGUUAAAUUGGCUAAAACAGAAAAUUAUGCUUUCUUCAUGGAAUCAAUUUCUAUUGAAUACGAAACCCAACGUCAUUGUGAAUUGCAACAAUAUGGCGGACUUUUAGACGACAAAGGUUAUGGAAUUGCCAUGAGAAAAAAUUCGACCUAUCGGAAGACUCUAAGUACAGCUAUUUUAAAAAUGCAAUCGUCAGGCCAACUCGAUAAACUCAAACGAACGUGGUGGGAGGAGAAACGUGGCGGUGGUCAAUGUGUUGGCGGUGGUGAUGAUGAAACCCCUGCUUUGGACGUUCGAAAUGUCGAAGGUGUGUUCUACGUUACUAUUGGAGGCACAAUCUGUGCCAUUUUUCUCGUUCUCUUAGAAUUCUUCGCCUCUUUACUUAAGUUGAAGAAAAAAUACAAAAUUCCAAUUAGGGAAGCCCUCAACAAUGAGAAAAAAGCUUUCAUCGAUUUUAGCAGUAACGUAAAACCUGCACCCAAAGCCAAAUCCAAAUCUGGAAGCAAAUCAUCGGGAGAGAGUGGCAAAACAAAUAAUAACACAGGUGCCCCCACUUAUGGUUUCAUACCGACCAUAACCAAAGACACACUUGACGAAUAAUUGAAUUUUUCUAAAAGUGUCACAAUAAUUCAUCACUGUCAAAAAUUGUGUAAUCGUCUGGCCCACUUUUUGCCGAAUUAUAGAUUCGUGUGAGACGAACAUCUUUCACAAGUACAUUGUUAACGUCGUUUCAAUGGAAUUGUCGAUUGUUGCUAAAUUUUACAAUGAAUUGAAUUGGUUCGGAAUAGCACACUAAUUUCAAAUUUAUUUGAGCGAAGAUAUAUCAUUAAACUAAAUAAUCACGAAAGCGUUUUAAAGUGCAGUUUAUGUAAAAUUUAAUGCCACUCGGGUGAAUAUUAAUAAAGGAAAUUAAUUCAAGAUAGCCAAGAAAGCUUGACACUUGAACAUUUUUGGCGACAUCAAAAUUACGACAUAAAAAGUUCAUAUUUCGUUUAUUCAAAUCUUUUCAAAAUAUUUUCAAAUUGUUUACUAACCUUACAAUAAUCUUAUUUUUUUUUAAUAAUUGAUGUAAAUAUAGUUUUUAAAGUUAGCUUAUAAUUAAUUCAUUAUAAAACAAUCAAUUUCACAGUCACAAUGACUAAUUGUCUUUUUGCUUAAGUAUAAUAAUAAUUUUAGAAAUUUAACAGCUUUGCGAAACUAGAAGUCAGUGGCGGUUCGUAGUCUUUUAUUAAAAGAAGGCAGGCAGGCAAAUUGAUACACAUGCCAUAUGCUUGACGAUUUAAAAAUGAUUCUUCGCUUUGCUGAUCGCGAAAAGGAAACUUUUAACAGCAAAGAAAAACACAAAAAUCGACUAACCUUUUUGAAAUUUUCAAUUUUUCAACGAUUUAUUAAAUUUAUUAAUUUCAAUUUGCGGGGCCGAAUCUACAUUUGUGGCUAUAUUUUAUUUACCCUGGAGAUGUAAUUUGCUACUCAUACUCAUUUACUACUCAUUUCUGACUUUAAGUGUGUCUUUCUAUUGCCCUUGGUAUUUUUUUAAGUUGUCAUGCCAUGCUUCCUCACCACGAUUUGAAAAUGGCCAAAAAAAUAUUUUUUUUUCUGUUUUGCUUUUGCUCAUAUUUAAUAUACCAGGAAUUUACAAAACUAUAUUAAUAAUUAAUUUUCCUAUAAUCCUAAAAGAAAGUAAGUUUUUCCACCCUAAUUUUAGAAAGGAAAGUGGCCAAUUACCUCCCUCAACUGUCAAAAUUACAUUAAAAAUAUAUAAAACCUCUCGGGGAGGUAGAAAAUUUACCUCCCCCAUAUAAACUGAAAAACAUGCUGCUGGAUUUAAUGGCAAAACUAGGAUAAUAAGAUAAAUUGUUAGUAUUGAAGUUUUUCUUGCUGGAUCGUGGGAAAAAUUAUAUGUAUUACAUGGGAGGAAAGUGUCUUUUUCUCCCUAGGUAGUUGUCCUUGACAAGUCGUAUUUGAUUCAUUUGACAAGUCAAUAACUUCCACCUGUGGGAAGAAAAAAUACACUUUCCUCCCCUGUAAUACAAAUCAAUAUUAUUUAAGUCUUGAUGAGGUGCUCCCAAUUCUUUUGCAUAUAACUUAUCGUCGUACAAAAGUCGAGAAAAUUUAUUUGUUAUUAAAUUGAACGAUACCCAACAAUUUCUAUAGUUACCUUCUUCAUAGAAAUAUCCAUACUUAAGAAGCACAUAUUCACUUAUUUUGACAACAACCAAACACUACAGUGCAUUUUGCAUUUUUUGCAAUCUUGGAUUAUUGCAAAAAACACCGUUGCAAAAAUAGUGACCUGCGCACUGCUUACCAGAGCCGUGAAAGCGCGGCGGUUUAUUUAAAACUAGUUCACUAUUAUUUAUAGCAAAAAUAAAAAAUUAUUAACGUUAAAAUUAUAUAAAAAUUGUAAUGUACGAUUCAAAAAUAGUCAAAAUUAUUUAAAUUUCUAGUAAACUAUUUUAUUUUUAACUUCUAUUUUCAUGAGCCGCCACUGCUAGAAGUGGAUUUAUUCGUAAGUUAUAUUAUUUUUAAGGAUAACUUAUUUACAUCAAAAUUUUUCCAUAUUGACCAAAAUUUGCAUUAGAAGUAAAUAUAACUUAGUAGUAAAAAUAUAAAUAAAAACACUAAAUCGUUUAAGGUAUUAUCAAAGUGACCAAUAUUUUUUAAUUAAAGUUUCUUUAGUAGCAAUCAGAAUGAAUUAAUUUUUUGUAAAAUCUACAAUAAACAUGGUCUUUAAUCUAGAAAUAAAACUUUGUUUAAUAUUUUUACAGUGUAA